AUGAUUUCAAAUAUUAACAUUUGGUUACAGGAUCAACCACCUUUAGAUCUUAGUACAGCUCCUUCUUCUUCAUCAAAUUAUUUCCAACAAAAUCAACAACAACAAGGUCCAAAUAAUAUAUCUAAUCAAUUUUGGGGCGAACCAGCUACUGCAAACACUUCUACAUCUAAUUAUUCACAACUUUCAUCUUUUACACCAUUAAACACUGCCAAUUCAUCAACUUCAACUAUCCCUACAACUUCACAAACUACUAGAUCUCAAUUUGAUCAAUUUAAUCAAAGAUCUCAAUUUAUAAAUAAUGAUUUUAAUAAUCAAUCCAAUCCACAGUUUAAUGAAAAGGAAGAAAGAUUAAAAAUUGAUUUAAAAAUUAAAGAAAGUCAAAUUGAAUCAUUAGAAAAUGAAAUUCAAAGAUUAUCAGAAUCUCAAAAAAUUUUAGAUAAUAAAUCAAGAUUAUCAAAUAUAAAUCAACAAUUAGUGAUUCCUAAAAAUAUUAAUGAAAUUUUUACAAAAUUAACUACAAAUUAUAAUAAAUUAGAAUUAGAAUUACAAGAUACUAAAAAAAGAUUAGAAUCUUUAAUUACAGCAAUUAGUUUAAAUCCUUCAAAUUCUAUAACAAAUAAUGGUAGAUAUGAUGAAUUAGAAAUUUCUCACAAGAUUAUUCUUAAGUUGGAUUUAUUGAAAAAAGAAAAUGAAGAAUUAUUAAAUCAAUUAAGUUUUGGAAAAAGUAAAGAAGUUGAUAUUGAGUUAAAUUUAUUGAAAAUGGAAAAUGAACAAUUAAAAGAAAAAUUAAAAUCUUUUGAAUCGAAAUGA